CUCGCGCAGGCGUGUUAGUUUCCUGUCGCUAUGCGGGUGCUCGUGGGUGGCGGGACGGGAUUCAUUGGGACAGCCCUAACCCACCUGCUGAAAGCCAGGGGCCACACCGUUACGUGGGUCUCCCGGCAGCCUGGGCCGGGUCGAAUCACGUGGAAUGAGCUCAUUAGGUCGGGGCUGCCCUUCUGCGAUGUUGUCAUCAACCUGGCUGGAGAAAACAUCCUCAACCCUCUGCGAAGAUGGAACGAAACUUUCCAAAAAGAGGUUCUUACCAGCCGCCUGGAUACCACCCACUUGCUAGCUGAAGCCAUCACCCAAGCUGCACACCCUCCCCAGGCAUGGAUACUAGUCACAGGUGUAGCUUACUACCAGCCAAGCCUGACUGAGGAGUAUGAUGAAGACAGCCCGGGAGGGGAUUUUGACUUCUUCUCCAACCUGGUAACCAAAUGGGAAGCAGCAGCCAAGCUUCCUGGAGAGUCUACACGCCAGGUCGUGGUACGUUCAGGGGUUGUGCUGGGCCGAGGGGGUGGUGCCAUCGGCCACAUGCUUCUGCCCUUCCGCCUGGGCCUGGGAGGCCCCAUUGGUUCAGGUCACCAGUUCUUCCCCUGGAUACAUAUUGGUGACCUGGCAGGAAUUCUGACUCAUGCCCUCGAAGCCGACCACGUCCAAGGAGUCCUGAAUGGGGUGGCUCCAGCAUACACCACUACCAAUGGCGAGUUUGCCCAAGCCUUGGGUGCUGCCCUGGGCCGCCCAGCCUUCGUCCCUGUCCCCAGCACUGUGGUACAGGCAGUCUUUGGACGAGAACGUGCCACCAUGCUGUUGGAAGGCCAGAAAGUGAUCCCACGGCGGACACUGGCCACUGGCUACCAGUAUACCUUCCCAGAGUUGGGGGCUGCCCUGAAAGAUGUUGUAGCCUAAGUGGAGAAGGACCCCAAGGCAGGAGCUGAGGCCUGUUCCUGCAUACUGAGGAUGGGUUCAGGUGGGCCCUGUAGUUGCGAGCAGAAGCCAUCUGGGUCUUCGAAUCUCUCCUCCUUACUUCCUUCCUGAAUUGUUGUUCCGUCCCUAUCUGAGGAACUCCAGUCAAGGUUGUAAUCUCAUUCUAACCUUAACCUCUUCAACUUCUUGUGGGUCACACUGUUGCCCCAGUUCUCCUAUAUGCUGUGUAGAGAAAGUUCUAAGUUAUGGCAAUAAAGUAUAUCACUAGCUUCA